AUGUCCUCCUCAGUCCCGAUAGUAGAUAUUCACACUCAUAUCUAUCCGCCAUCUUAUAUUGAGCUUCUCAAAUCGCGUGAUGAAAUCCCUUAUAUAAGACAAUUUCCUCCGGCGAAAGAACAUCGAUUGGUUAUCUUGCCAGCAGAGGAUACACCAAGUACAAGUAGGGGAAGACCAAUUGGGUCCGAGUACUAUGACAUCUCCGAAAGAAUUGCCUUCAUGGACACCCACUCCAUCCGAACCUCCAUAAUCUCCCUCGCAAACCCCUGGCUCGACUGGCUUCCCUCCUUCACCGCCCUCCAAGCCGCCUUAUCAAUCAACACGGAAAUAAACUCUCUCUGCACCCUUCACCCAACGCGUCUCUAUUUCUUCGGCACGCUCCCCCUAUCCGCCCCUCCAUCCUCCAUCCUCGAAAGCAUCGCCCACCUCAAAACCCUUCCUUAUUGCCGAGGCAUCAUCCUCGGAACCAGCGGACUCGGCUCUGGACUCGACGAUCCCGCUCUCCUCCCCAUCUUCAAAGAAUUAGCCGCCAACAAUUUCCCCAUCUUUCUGCAUCCGCACUACGGUCUCCCAACCUCGGUAUUUGGUCCCAGAGGAAAUGAUUACGGUCAUAUUCUUCCUCUCGCACUUGGUUUCCCAAUGGAAACCACCAUCGCCGUUACCCGCAUGAUUCUCUCCUCGGUAUUUUCUUCCGUGCCGGAUCUACAGGUCAUUCUAGCGCACAGCGGUGGCACCCUUCCAUUUUUGGCAGGGAGAAUAGAAAGUUGCGUCUUGCAUGACGCGCAUCUCAAGGCCGAAGGAAAAUUAGCCGAGGGCAGAAAAACUAUCUGGGAAAUCUUGAAGAAGAAUAUCUGGUUAGACGCGGUAGUGUAUGGAGAUGUAGGAGUUCGAGGAGCAGUUGGGGUGAGUGGGGCGGAUAGAGUCAUGUUUGGAACCGAUGCGCCGUUUUUCCCACCGUUAGAUGAGGAGGAGGAAGGGCAAGGAGAAGAGGCCAAGCAAUGGCUAAGUGUUUCCAUGAAUAAAGAUGCUAUUAGUAGCGCGUGCGGCGCGGGAAGUGAGGAGGAAAAAGCUAUUCUGGGAGGUAAUGCGAUUCGACUUUUUGGGUUGGAUUUGGAUGCUUCCGGGUAG